AUGUCGUCAUCUUUAAUUUCUUGCCAAACCAUGUAUAAAGUCCCUGGCAAGUAAACCAACGCAAAAAAUGAUAUAUCAAUCUGCGUUUCCUCCCUCUAUGACCAUGGCGUCCAACGAAGCAUCUCUCGAUCUUUUACCCGAAGAUUGUGUGGUUCAAAUCCUUUCUCACGUGCCGCCCCGCCUCGCGUGCCGAUCGUCGUUGCUCUCAGCAACUAUACGCGCCGCCGCUGAAUCGGAGCUGCUAUGGGAGACGUUCUUGCCGUCGGAUUAUCGAGACAUCAUAUGCAGAUUGGUUUCUCCCAUAAUGUUUGAGUCCAAGAAAGAGUUGUUUGUCAAGCUUCUCAGCCCUCUUCUCAUAGAUGGGGGCCACAAGACAUUUUGCAUUGAUAGAGAAAGCAGUAAAAAGUGUUUAACCUUGAGCGCGAGGGAGCUUUCAAUUGCUUUCUCUAGAAAUGCCCUCUACUGGUGUUGGAAGCCCCUCUUGGGUUCUAGGUUCCCAGAAAUUGUUGAGCUUAUAAUGGUCUCUUGGUUGGAAAUAAAGGGAAACAUGAACACUCGAAUGUUGUCUCCAUAUACAACCUAUGGGGCAUAUUUUAUCUUUAAGUUGGCAGGUCGUGCAUUUGGCCUGGACGCUUUACCAUCUGAAAUUUCAAUCAAAGUUGGAAAUCACCAAUCAGAUAGAAUCAUUUAUUUGCGUCAAAAUUCCAACAACAAACAAGCAAUGGAACGACUUUUCAUGCUGAAUAGGGUUGAGACUUUAAGGUCAAGGCUUCAUGAACAACAAGAAUGCACGAUUCAUGAGCGAGAUGAUGGAUGGUUGGAGAUAGAAUUGGGCGAAUUUUACAAUGAUGGAAGUGAGAAGGAGGUUCAAAUGAGCUUUAGAGAGGUGAAGGGUGAGCAUCUAAAAGGAGGGCUCAUUGUUGAGGGGAUUGAACUCAGACCCAAGUAACACAUCAAGAAUUAAUUGCUUCAUCAUCUCAUGUUUAAUUAAAAAAAAAAAAACAAACAAACAAACAAAAAGAGGUUGUUUAAUUAUAUUUAUUAGGUAGGUAGGCAUACAUAUAUUUGUAGAACAAAUUAAUUGUCCUGCAUUGUUUCACUUAUUGAUUAAUAGAUUAAUUGAAUUUUGUAUUUCUAUUGAAUUGUAAGUUUCCUACUCUUGGUGUCAAUUAUUGUUUAUUGGAAA